CGCUGGGGAAUUGCUCGACUGGUUGAUUCUGGCUCCAAUCGAAACCAUUAUGCCGAACCUUGGACGGUUGGAAUCACUCGUUGAUGAGCAUGCCGGGUUAGUUACUCGGAUCUUUGAACACGCAGAGAGACCCAAAGUGCAUUACCUUUUGCACAUCCCCGAGAGCAUCAGAAUGCACGGCGUCAGUCUGAACUGCUUUGGCCCUGAACGCAGACACAGACAGGUCGAAGGAGUUGCAGCCCACGCAUACGCAGGUCAGCUCGACGUCCACCCGAUCAAAAAGCUGACCCACCAGCACGUGGAGGCACUCAAGGAGGAAAAUUCUUGCGUGACAACUUGGAUCCCUCGGCCAAUCGAGGCGCUGGGCAUCGUGCCUUGGGCCGCGGGGUGGAAGUGGCAACAUGCCCCCCCUCCUCCUCCUCUCGCCCCCCCCAAUCCCCCGCCUCCUCCGCCCGCCCCCUCCUCGUCAUCAUCCUCCCCCGCCCGCACCCGAAGGAUCUGUUUCGUGCUCGGCGUCCCCAUGGCGCCGGGCUUCAGGGCCCAGGCGGGAAACGUGAUGCACUGCCAGCUGGGAGACGUACAUUCUGGUGAUCUUGUGUUGGGCAGGGACGCCGGCAUCCCUUUCGUUGGCAAGGCCGGCCUCUUCGUGAGAGUAGGUGACAAUUACUACUGCUGCGUUGAUGUGUUCACUCCAUCAGGCCCAGGCACUUACGCGUCUGCUGGGAAUGUGCCCAAGUUGGCGCACGUCGACACACUUGCGUACGUGCUUGCUUUCGCCGUGGUUCGCGGUGGCGUGCGACCGCUAGUUCCUCGCCUGAGGUGGGCCCUGUGACAUCGAGCAGCAAAAUGUUUCAACGCGUGCAAGGUUGCCAUCGCGUUAUGUUUGCAUGGCGAUCGUUGGAGGCCAGUUGCUCUGGGCCGCGCGGGAGAUUGUCUCGGCGGUUCAUUGCGUUGCGCAUUGCUUGUGUAGCCAGUUGCAGUGGAACUGGCGAUCGUUCGGAGCACAGCUGCUUGGAACCGCGCAGGAUAAUUGCAAACAGUUACAGUGGUCGCUGCGCCAACAG